AUGGGUCUUACAUUCUCGAAGCUAUUCGAUAAACUAUGGGGAAAAAAAGAGAUGCGCAUCCUGAUGGUUGGUUUGGAUGCUGCCGGAAAAACCACAAUCCUUUACAAGUUGAAGUUGGGUGAAAUCGUAACAACUAUCCCCACCAUCGGAUUCAACGUCGAGACUGUCGAGUAUAAGAACAUCUCAUUCACGGUAUGGGAUGUUGGUGGUCAGGACAAGAUCCGCCCCCUCUGGAGGCACUACUUCCAAAACACUCAGGGUAUCAUCUUCGUUGUUGACAGUAACGAUCGCGACCGUGUUGUCGAGGCUCGCGAAGAACUCCAGCGCAUGUUGAACGAGGACGAACUUCGGGACGCUCUUCUCUUGGUCUUCGCCAACAAGCAGGAUCUGCCGAACGCCAUGAAUGCUGCUGAGAUCACUGAUAAACUCGGACUCCACAGUCUCCGCCAACGUGCCUGGUACAUCCAAUCUACCUGCGCCACCUCAGGUGACGGUCUCUACGAGGGUCUCGAAUGGCUGAGCAAUUCCCUUCGCAAGGCGGGCCACAAUUAG